AUUAAUCUCAAAAUUUUAAAUGGACCGUAUGGGCCUGGCAAACUACAAGUAUCGAUUUUAUGACAAAACUAUUACUUCCCAUGUCGUCAUUCAUCUCCCGAAAAAAAUCUGCAGAUGAUUGGUUAUAAAAUAAAUAAAAAAUUCAAAUGUAUGAAAGAAGCAUCAGGAAAAGGAGAUUCUCAUAGGAUAAAAACAUAUUCUGAAGCAUCAAAAGCCUCUCCCUUCUUUUUAGGGUGUCACCCAACCCCAAUUUUCAAAAUUCGCAAUCCAAACCUCACUCUCACUCUCAGAUGAAGCGUAUUGUCAGAAUUUCAUUCACCGACGCCGAAGCCACCGAUUCUUCUAGCAGCGAAGAAGAGGCGGAGCAGCUUUCUGAACCAUCCCAGGCUCGCCGCCGUGGGAAACGCCUCGUCAAAGAGAUCGUAAUCGACUCUUCCGAUUCCGACAACAAACUAGAUGUCUGCAAGACGCGGUUCAAGAUCAGGAUUCCACCGGAGUUUCUCAAGGCGGCGACGGCGGAGAAGAAGAACAAGAAGAAGUUCCGUGGAGUGAGGCAGAGACCGUGGGGGAAAUGGGCGGCUGAGAUCAGGUGCGGUCGAGCUCUCAAGGCACGACGUGACCGUCUUUGGCUCGGAACUUUCGACACCGCCGAAGAAGCCGCUCUCGCUUAUGAUAACGCCGCGGUUCAGAUGAUUGGUCCUCACGCGCCUACCAAUUUCAGUUUCCCGGCGGAGAAUCAUGAGGUCAAGAUGGUGGACGGAGCAUCCGCCGUUGCUCGUGGCGCGUGAAGCGCGUUGGUUUCGUGUUAAAUUAGUAAGAAGGGUCUCUCUCUUCUGUCGUAGUGUAAAUUAAUCUUGUACUUGUUAAAUUUCCUGAUCUCAUCAUGUCCCUUGUCUGAAACUUUGUUGUCGUCACUGUA